AUGGUUAGAGAAGCUCAUGAAUUAUUAGAUGGAAGUAGACCCAUACCGAUAGAUAAAAUAUCGUAUGAAUUGUCUCAGAAUAUUAUAUUGGCAUUCGAUAAUAAUGAAAAUAUAAAUAAUAAAGAUAUUCAAAUUGAAAUUGAAGCAAGGGUUGGAUUAGUAAUUGAUAAGAAUAAAAAUAGAAUAAAAUUACCAAUAAAUACAGAUGCUAUUAUUGAAAAUAAUUAUUCAGAUUUCCAUGCGGGGAUUGAUAGAGAAUCGUUUGAAUAUCUAUUGGAUUAUUUUCAUAACAUGACUCUAAAGAAAAGGUUAAGUAUGCGUAAUAAUAAUGAUAAUAAUAAUAUUAAUAAUAAUAAUAAUAUUAAUAAUUACAAUAAUAAUAAUUACAAUAAUAAUAAUGAUAAUAAUAAUAUUAAUCAGACAUAUACUUAUGAUCCCAAUGUUGAUGGUAAUAACCCAACUUGUAAUUAUUCAUAUGAUAAAAAAAACACUUGUAUAUACGAUUUUCUAGAACUUAAAACAACAAAGAGUAUAGACAAAUACUAUGUUAUAAAAAAUAAUAACAGUAGAAUUAGAACAACGACUUAUUUAAAUGAUGAAAACAAACAAGAAACAGAAAGUAUGAUGAUACAGUCCUUACAGAAAGAUAAUUUAAAUUCUUGGAAUGUAUAUACAGGUAAUAAUUAUGAUUAUUUUGAUGAUGACGAAGAAGAUGAUGAUGAUGAUUAUAAUAAUAAUAAUAAUAAUAAUAAUAACAAUAAUGUGGGUGCAGGAACAAGAACUAAUAGUAUUACAACUAGCAACAAUGGUUUAACUACAUCUAAAUCACAACACACAAAUUAUAAUUCAAAUGAUAAAAAUGAUUCCAUAGAUUAUCGUAUUUCUAUAAAUAUAGAAUAUAUAAAACCUAUUAGUAAAUUAUAUCUAUCUAAAAAUACACCAGUACAUGAAAGAUUAAAAGAAAGAACUACUUUUAUAAAUACUUAUCUAGGUUUACAAGUAGAUAUGACAAAAAUAAAAACAAAAAAUAAUGAUUUAUAUGAAGUAGAAAUAGAAAUACCAUCAAAAACUAUAUUUAAAGCUAUGUCUAAUUUGAGGAAUAAAAAAGAUUCAAAUUAUUUACAUUUUAUAUGUUCUAAUCUUGUAAAUAAUAUUAGGGGGAUAUGUAGUCAAUUAAAUAUAUUCAAAAAAACUAAACACAUAUUAAAAUCUACAAUCAUUACAAAAAUGAAUAAUAAUGAAAAUAAUAAUGAAAAUAAUGAUGAAAAUAAUGAUGAAAAUAAUGAUGAAAAUAAUGAUGGACACAGACCUUCUUUGUUAUCAAAGCAUCAAAACGAUGAUAGCCUUUCUUCGAAAGAAAAAGAAAAGUUUAAAAAAUACAUACACUCUGUAUUUCCAAUCGUUGGAGAUUACAUGUAUAGAGUAGUCACAAAAAAUGAAAAACGUAUACAAAUCAAAAUGAAAGAUCAAUUAAUAACAAAUAAACAAAAAAUAGACAUCUUUAAAAAUAACGUUGAUAUACGUAGACAUAAUAAAAAAUCCUUACAAACAAUAAAUGAAGUACAUGUAGAAAAUAAAUGGAAAGUAUUCAAAAAAGGAACAAAAAUUGAAGUAGUCUUAUGUAGUGAUGAUGAAGAAUAUGAAGAAAAUGAAGAUAUACAAGAUAUUAAUUAUGAACACUAUGAUCAAUAUGAAAAUGAAGAAGAAGCAAAUCUUUAUAUAAAUAAUAUUUAUAUGCACACACAAAUUAACAACAAUAACAAUGAUAAUAAUGAUAAUAACAACGAUAAUAAUAAUAAUAAUAAUAAUGAAGAGCAUAUUAAAAAUUGUAAGGACUUUUAUGAUGAUACAUAA